AUGAUUAGGUUCUCCAAAAGCGAUUUCAUGGAUUUUGAAUUGCAUCGCAUUCUUUCUGCUGCACCUUUUGAGGGCUCCGAGAUCGCCGAAUUUCUCCAAGGAGCAUCACUGGCAGCUCAGGGGCCAAAGCAAUGGCACCAAGCCUGGAAUAAGGCUGGAGAGCAAGCCGAGGCCAUCGCGUAUGAGGCAGCUCAGCUCGGCGAUGCCGUUUCCGCGCGAAAGGCACAUCUGCGUGCUUGCAACUACUUCCGAGCCAGCCAAUACAUGAUGUUCAGAGAAGAACUGCCACGCAUUCUGCCGAUUUCUGAGCGCAGUGUGCAUAACUUUCGAGCAGCCAUUCCUCUGCUCGAGAACUGCGCCUCUGUAGAGACACUUGCCAUACCGUAUAUGACAGAUGACGGUGCCACUUACAUGCUGCCUGGGUACCUCUACCUACCAGCCAAAUCCAGGCGGCUUGCUGCACAGAACGAAACGCUAGUACGCAAAAGGCAACUCAACGGCUCAAACUUGGACGAGACAAUUCGCAACGUGCCAAUCAUACUGGCAACUUGUGGCGCCGACUCCACGCAGGAGGAGCAUUAUUUUAUGGUAGCCUGCGCCGCCGUCGAGCGCGGUUAUGCUGCUCUCAGCUUCGAGGGUCCGGGCCAAGGCCUUGUUCUCCGUAAGCAUGGGCUGCCGUUUCGACCUGACUGGGAAGUGGUUGUGGGUGCUGUGCUCGACUACCUCUUUGAGCUCGUCAAGACGCAAGACCGGCUUCACUGCCUUGACACCUCGCGAAUCGGCAUCACAGGAGCAAGUAUGGGUGGUUAUCUGGCACUUCGCGGCGCGUCGGACCCAAGAAUAUCUGCUUGUGUUAGCAUUGAUCCUUUCUACAGCCUGUGGGAUUUUGUCAAGGCGCGUAUGCCGGGGGGCCUCAUGGGACUGUGGGAGAGCGGCUGGAUCUCCGACUCGGUACUCAACGGUGUUGCUAGCAUCGGCCGCAUGCUAGGCACAUUCCAGGAUAAGUGGGAGUUGGAAAACUCCAAAUGGAUGUUUGGCAUUGAUAUUCCGUCAGAGAUGUUUCGCAGAGUGAUGCACUUCACUCUUGGGGAGGUGCCACCCCUGGGUCGAGAGCGAAGCCUAGGCGGGGCGUCAGACGAUCAGCAAGGAUUCCUCCAUCGCAUCAAGUGUCCCGUUCUGGUUUCUGGAGCAGGUCAAAGUCUGUACUUCAAAACGCUUGGAGACACUACCAAGCAAAUACAGACCGAACUGGUCAAUGUGCCGGACUCAGACAAGGUAGUGUGGUUUUCUGAGGAACCAGGAGAGGGUGGGAUUCAGGCUAAGAUUGGAGCUUUUGGCUUGGCCCACAUGCGGACUUUUGAAUUCUUGGACAAAAGCUUUGGGAUCCAUCGCCAGGCAUUGUGA